UUUACCUCCAAACUGCCCUGACACGUCUGGCACCACCUAACGGAAUUAUGGAAGAGAGCAUUGACGUAAAGGCUCUGAGGGCCAGGUUCAGCAGCAGCACCAGCGCCAGCACCUUGAACACCAGCAGCCGGGACAGCAAUUCUCCAAAAUCUCCACGGCCUGGUCUCAUGAGAGCGAAGGCAUCAACACCAGACAGGGACGAUUGCCUGCCCAAAGUUUCAGCGACCGUGCUUCCACACGUAGCUGGUCCAGAUAUGCUCAGGUUCCAAAGACAAGAAGCAAUGGCGCCUUCCAAUCCCUCUGAGCCAUUCUUUUUCACCAACUCUCCUCCAAAUACAGGAGCCAGAACAUCUCCCUGGUUUUCGGGCGUUAAUAACAUCAAGCAUACUGGGGACAUGCUCGAAAAAAUGAUGCUGAGGGGUCCUGCGGGUUCUAAAACCCCACCAGCAGGUUCAACCUUAACUCCUCUCCCGCUGCGACUGAGGAGCGCAAACAAUAUCAUCCCACUGAGGAAGCCCCUCCCCCCCGUGGGACCCUUACCCCUGAAACCCAAACGACCACACAAGGUUGACCUGGGCCAAUUCCUGAGGGCUACCCAGCGAGCUAGGCCUCUUCCUGCUAUGACGACAACAGCGGGAGCAAGACAAACAGCCGCAGCUGGAGUGACCAGUCCGUCAAAUCCUCCUUCACAAGCCAUCAAACCCAGCUGGCAGCAGAACCAUCUUACUUCUCCGGACAUUGACGUCAACCAUGACACUUACGAUGACAUUGCAAGCUUGUCGGGCAAAGAAUCAAUGGGAAACAGCAGCUCACAGUGGAACGACAGGGAUGAAAAUGACGUGUACGAGGAUAUUGAUGAUGAUCAAGUGAGGGUGAAGAGGGAUCCUGGAAAGGUGGUGCAGGAACAGAAAAGAGAAAAAGAGUUCAGGAGAAUAUUCCAGCUGCAGGCUGAGGAAGAAAUUCUCCACACCGCCGUCGCUCGCCACGACUGGAACGGCGGCGGCAAACUGGACCUCAGGGUCCACCAAGCCGAGAGCGUGGAGAUCCUCCGAUUGAGGAAUAACCCCGAGGGCAAGUGGCUGGCUCGCAACCAGGAUGGAAAGUAUGGUUACAUCAGUAACACGUGUGUGGAUGUUGACUAUGAGGCGGUGAAGCGCAAGUUGAUCCAGUCCAGAAGAACAGAUGGCUCAACUUUACCUCCACCUCCUCCAGACCAGUCCGCGAACAGUUUGAGUCACAGUCAAAAUUAUUAUGAUGACUUUCAUCUCUCCAAUGAGGAUUUUCCACCACCACCACCUGAACUACGCAUUGACGCCAAUGUGGAAAAGGAACUCAGGAAAAAAUUCAAGUUUGACGGUCCGCUGAGGGUCUUGCACACCGUGAUGAUUGAUCCUAACGCUGUCGUGAAGAAGCCAGGCGGGAAAGACCUCCACGUGUCUCCCGGGGACGUUCUGGAUGUCGUCCAGCUCACCAACAGCAAGAAAGUUCUGUGCCACAACCACACAACGGGAAAAUAUGGUUAUGUCUCCAGAAAUCUUCUUAUUCCAAUGGAAGGGGAUGUUUAUGACGAUAUUGGUCACACCAGUGAUCCACAUGACAACUCUGCACACUGACUAUUUCCAUGUCAAGCCACACAUAAAUAAAUAAAUAGAGAUAUGAGAGAGAAAUGAAUCCAAACAGACUACAGCAUAUUAAAGCUAGAUAAACCUGAGGACCAAAAAUUGUUAGUUACAGAGUUGUUAUGGCUACAAAAAAAAAAAAGAUUCAAUUAGUUAUUGUAUGCAAUUGACACUA